AUGAAGGGUCCAGUCUUAGAGUGCCUGGGCGGGGCGGAGCCUGUGACGCACCGACUACCGAGCUACCUCAUGAGGCUGCAUGGAGAGGCAGACAUGGCCCCUCAUGUAGGCUUUGACACUGAGCAGAUAAGAGACAAGGCUCGAAAGGACCUUCUCUACCUUCUUUCCGGGGUCCAAGGGAAGAAGAAUCUCGUGAUUGAGCAGAACCUCGCCGGGCCAAUCGGGACAAUCGUCAAAGUUUCCACGCUUCAGGACUAUGGAGUCGACAAGUUCUACUUUCUCGAGAGCAAUAAUGUCGGCACCAACCAGCGAAACGUCGUAUUUCUUGCGCGAGGAGAGAGUGCGCGGCACGCCCAGGCCAUCGCAGACCAGAUAAGACGACUGCAACGUGAGAGCCAAACGGGCCAUGAAUUUCACAUCUUCUGGGUGCCUCGCCGCACCUUAGUUUCCGACAAGCUACUGGAAGAAGCUGGUGUGUUGGGCGACGUGAACAUCUCCGAAUUACCGCUCUACUUCUUCCCUCUGGAACGAGAUGUCCUCUCUCUAGAGCUGGAAGACUCCUUUCAGGAUCUCUACCUUGCUAAGGAUCCAACGUCCACCUUUCUCCUUGCUAAGGCCUUGAUGGGCAUCCAGCAGAAACAGGGCCUCUUCCCGCGGAUGAUCGGCCAAGGCGACAAUGCUAAGCGUGUCGCUGAAUUGCUUGCCCGCAUGCGACAAGAAUUGCUUGCUGGCGAGACUGGUCACGAUGGCGAUAAGCUGGGUUUAUCUCCGAGCACGACAACUGAGAGCGUGAUCAUCAUUGAUCGAGAUGUCGACUUCGUUACUCCUCUACUCACACAGCUCACCUACGAAGGGCUCAUCGAUGAGAUAUUUGGCAUACAAAACAAUCAAACCGAUGUUGACUCGACUAUCGUCGGAGCACCACCCCAAGCCGCGCAAAGCUCCUCCGCCUCGCCCCCUCCUAGCAAUCAAUCGAGAAGACGGAAGAUCCAGCUCGACUCCUCCGAUAAACUAUUUGACCAGCUUCGAGACACGAAUUUCGCCAUAGUGGGAAGUCUGCUGAACAAGGUGGCUCGUCGACUACGAAACGAUUACGAUAGUCGACAUAGCUCAAAGACUACAGCCGAAUUGAAGGCCUUUGUCUCGAAACUCCCGGGUUAUCAAGCCGAGCAGCAAAGUCUUAAGAUCCAUACAGGACUAGCUGAGGAGAUCAUCAAAUUUACACGAACGGAUCAGUUCAGUAGACUACUCGAGGUUCAGCAAAAUCUAGCAGCUGGUGCUGACCCAUCAUCACAAUUCGACGUGAUUGAAGAAUUGAUCGCCAGAGACACACCCCUACCGGAGAUACUACGUCUUCUCUGCAUAUACUCCUGUAUAUCCGGCGGAAUCAAAACGAAAGAGUUCGACCAGUUUCGGAGGCUUAUCCUCGAAGGGUACGGCUACCAACACCUGCUUACCUUGAACAACCUCGAGAAACUGCAACUAUUCCUGUCGAGAUCAUCUCCGAUGGCAUCCAUGAUACCCAUGACGGGCUCUGCGGGAGCCACCGGCACGAAGACCAAUUAUACAUAUUUGCGAAAGCAACUUCGACUCAUCGUAGAUGAAGUCAAUGAGCACGACCCGAACGAUAUUGCAUACGUCUACAGUGGAUAUGCCCCGCUCUCGAUUCGUCUCGUUCAAUGCAUCUUACAGAAGCAGUAUCUUCUUUCUAUCACAAGGGGCAAUGGCGUGACUGGCGGAUCCGGUGCGGUAGGUGGAGGUCAAGGAUGGCGUGGAUUCGAUGAGGCCGUGAAACACGCGAGAGGCCAGACAUUUGACGAGUUGCAGAAGGGCGAAGAUAAAGCCGUCAAGGCUCGCGCUUUGCUGUCGAAUAGCGGGGAGAAGAAGACGGUCUUUGUAGUAUUCGUUGGCGGAGUUACCUUCACAGAGAUUGCGGCCUUGCGCUUCAUUGCGAAGAAGGAAGAAGCUCGACGGAAUAUUGUCAUCUGUACCACAUCGAUUAUCAGCGGCAACAAGAUGAUGGCUGCAGCUGUGGAAAAGGAGUCUUUCGGGACACCAGCUGCAGCACCGGCACCUGCAGAGCCCUGA